AGAGCGUCAGGUCGACAGUCAGUUCGUGGAGCUCCUCGCGUCAGGCAACCCCUUCAGGUGUGCACAGAUGCGUGAUGACAUCCAAUCACUUAUCCCUGCAGUCCUUACGGGCAGCGAGCCAAGCCAAGGAGCUGGCUGACAAACGAGCAGAAAUCCGUCGCAAGUCUCUCAUCAUCCUGGUUCACCACUACCUCGACCAGGAGGGGUACAGUGAUGCUGCCAAGACCCUGGUGCAGGAGGCUCGACUGAACACUGAACAGUUCUCCGUGUGUGAUAGUGUUGACCUCUCUGGUAUUCUGCAAGAGCAUGAGGAAUGGUUUGUUGCCAAGUACCAGAAGUACCCAAAACUGGCGAAGAGGUCGUUGAUGCCCAGGCCGACGCCGAAGCCUCACCGUUGUGGUCACCUUCAGGAGGAAGCCAACAACAGCAGAAACGACACGCCACCGGGGAAGAAGAGCCCAUUCUUCAGGAGACGCUCACUUCCCCGUCAUGGAGGGUCUGGGGGCAGUAUGGGUCGCGCUGCCAGUGACCCAAGUCUCAGUGAUGACGUCUCCAGUGCAGGAGAGGUCAGAGGUCACGCACGAUCCCGUAACUCUGUCAGAAAUAAAGUUAUCGACAACCGGAAGAGAGAGGAACUUGUCAGGGGCCCGCUGGUGGGGCGACGCGUUUCUGGAGGAGCAGGGCCCCUGCGAAGCCCAGGGGAGGAGAAAAAGGACCCCACUAAAUCAUCUUCGGACACCGACAGUGAGAGAGGAGGAGCGGCCGCCACCCUCCGACCCGUCAAGACCGGUAGGAUGCCACGGCAGGUGCUGGAUCUGAAGCAGAUGAUCAGUGAUUACACUCGCCUGGAGGAUAACAUUGGUGACGUAGGCAAGGGUCCCAAUCGAUCGCUAUCACAUCCUGACCAACCCCCAGGAGAUGAGGAUGAGACAAGUGACCUAUGGGACGAGAAGAGCGUGAAGCCCUUACUGAUGCCACACUUCACCGGAGAGUUCAGAGACUUGGCCAACAUCAUACAGAGGGAGAUCCUAAUCGACAAUCCCGAGGUCAAAUGGGAGGACAUCCUUGGCCUGGAUGACGCCAAGAGACUGGUCAAGGAGGCGGUGGUGUAUCCUCUCAAGUAUCCUCAGCUCUUCGUCGGGAGAUUCAAGCCCUGGCGAGGCAUCCUCCUCUACGGUCCUCCUGGCACCGGUAAGACUCUGCUGGCGAAGGCGGUGGCGACGGAGUGCCGGACCACCUUCUUCAACAUCUCGGCCACAACUCUCGUCUCCAAGUGGAGAGGAGACUCAGAGAAACUUGUUAGGGUGCUGUUCGAGAUGGCCAGGUACCACGCCCCCUCCACCAUCUUCGUGGACGAAGUGGACGCGCUAAUGGCCUCCCGCCAGGGAGAGCAGGAACACGAGGCCUCCCGUAGGAUGAAAACACAACUGCUGGUGGAGUUGGAUGGCCUCACACAGGCCAACCAUCACGUGUUCCUCCUUGCAGCCUCUAACAUACCCUGGCAGCUUGAUCCGGCAAUGCUGCGCCGUUUAGAGAAGAGAAUCCUGGUGCCACUUCCAGGGAUGGAGGCCAGAGAAGCCAUGUUUAGGCAUCACCUUCCUGAGGUCAUCCCUGACCUGGAGGAAGCAGGUCACGCCAUCAAAACACAUUUAGAAUACGAGAAGCUGGCACAGAUGUCUGAGGGUUACAGCGGGUCAGACCUGCAGGUUGUGUGCCGGGAGGCUGCUAUGGGCUGCCUCAGGAAGGUAUUCAAUGUCUUGGAGGAUCACUCAGUGGAUGACUCUGAGCUGCCAGAAUUGACACUGGACGCCAUCAACAUGCGCGAUGUGGAGGCGGCUCUGCAGAAGACCAAACCAGCGCAAAGCAACAAUGAGCAGUAUCGCGCCUGGCACUCUAAGUUUGGCUCUGCCUAAGUUUCUAUAAGACGAAAUCCGGCCCCUGCUUCUUUGUGUCAUGAGAGUCUGCAACAUGAAGACAAGUCUAGUUCACUGCCACAUAUUUGCAGAAGGCUAAGACAAACAAAUAUCCUUUAGGAUCGAACGAUGGAAAAUUUGAUAGAAAUGGUACUCGGUUUUGGUAACAUUUUCCUUCCAAAAAAUAAAUUGGGCUGCUGUUCUUGUAAUACCUCAGGAAGUCUGGAAACGCUCUAUGUUUUUAAUCUCCGGAAACAGUUGGUGCUCUUAGCCCCAGAACCUCCAUAGACUAGAGGCAUUCCCAGCCAUUUACCUUCCAGUGAUUGGAGGAAUUCCCCAUCCUGAAACUCCUAAAAAGUGGAGGAAUUUCCAAUCCUAGAACUACCAAAGACUGGAGGCCUUCCCGACCUUUGAACCUGCAUGGACUGGUCACAUCUACAGUUUUGGUAACUUCAGUGACUGGAAAUACUGCGAAUACUUACAGUAUUCGCAGUCCUGGAGCGUCCAGAGACAGGAGACGUUCCCAAUCCUAUAAUCUCCAGAGAUUAGGGAUAUUUCCAUCUUCAAGGUGCUGGAACUAAGCAUUUCCAUCUCUGGAACAUCUAGGGAAUAAGGGAUUUCACAGCCUGAAACCACCAGAGAUCUUUGGCACUUAGGGUACUGUAAACACCUGUGAGAUCCUGAAUUUGCUUCCAACUGUGGAAACACUUCAAAACAAACUAUUAAGAUUCGUAAGGCUGAGAAAAGUGAGCCAACUGCCUCCAUUUUAAGUUUAGAAUGCCGAUGUGUGUAUCAACCGAUAUCUGUGUUUUCUCUUUUUUUAUACAGGACUAAUGCAAAAAUGUGUUUAUAGUUUUAGAGUCUUAAGCGUUCACUUUAUGGGGUGCUGACGAUGACAUAUUAUUGAUAUUGACUGUCAUUAUAUCAUUGGUAUUGAUUGUCAUUAUAUCAUUAGUGAGGUACUAAGGAAAUUAUGAUAUUUGAUAUAUAUAUAUAUGAUAUUAUGAUAUUUUGAUAUAUGAUAUUAUGGUAUUUUGAUAUUUGUCUGGUGAUGAAAAUAAUUUUCAGACCUCUCGAAGACGUGAAUGUUUUGUCCAAUUUUUGUCCCAUACCCUGAUAACGUAACCGACAGAGAAACUACCUAUUAAAAUGUAUGAAAUGAACACCUUGAGGGUAAUGUCACAGUGACGUAUGCUCGUCUGAUUCAAGAAAUCAGCGAGUUCCACGUCAUUAGUCAGCUGAUCUCCCUCUUAGUGAGUCUAGAUAUAAUACUGUGAAUCUGAGUAAGCUUGAGAGAUUCUGGUUACAGAGUGGUACUCGCAGAGAAGGUAAAAAAAAAUUGUCUUUUUUUUAAUGUCAUUUUUAUACUGAGUAGUGACGAAUGGAGGUGUUCCAAUGUCUGGUUUGUAAGUGUGAAUGUCUUCGUGUGUCUGUAAGUCUGAAUGUCUUUUCCGUAUGUGCGAUUGUAUUCGUGUAUUAAAAUUUGUAUAUAUGUUUGAAUAUCUUGUGUGUAUUUCCAAAUGUCUUCUGGGAUGCCUGAAUGUCUUCUGCGAAUGUCUAAAUUUCUUACGUGUUUAACUGAAUAUCUUUUGUGUAUGUCUGAAUAUCUUGUGUAUCUCUGAAUGCCAUGUGUGAAUUUCUUGUGUGUGCAUGUGAUUGCUCUGUAUGUAUAUUUGUAUGUGUAUAUGUGAUUGCCUUCUAUGUUUUAUUGCUUGGUAAGUCUAAGUCUUCGUAACGGCUUCAGUGUCGAAGAAUUUUGUGGUUUAGAUAUUAGAUAUAUGUUAGUUAAAGAUCUCUUGUCGUCUCAGAAUGUCGCCAAGUACGAUACCACCAGGCAAGACAUCUCCAGGCAAGACAUCUCCAGGCAAGACAUCUCCAGGCAAGACAUCAAUGAAAACCUCUCCCUGGCAAUAACUUCUGUUAAUAUUAAAGCAUUUGUCUUAUACUUCAAGCGUGGGGAAGCUUAACGAAGAAAUUUUGAAUAUUUUUUCCUUUGACUUGUAGAAUUUCCAUAAAUUUAAAGAAUAUUUUGGACUAAAUUUUAACCGUCAAUCAAAAAUAUACUUUUCAUUUGACACUUUUCUUCUAAAACUCUUAAAUCCAUUACGUUUUGAUUAUAAUAACCAUUACCGGACUCUGUAGGCCUUAGGCCUGCCUAGCUAUCCCACCCUAGCACCGAUUAGGUACUUUAGAUGAGAAAUUUAGCUGCUUUCCUCUUAAAAAUUUCUACCAAAGUGUUCCUGGGAUAGUUCUUAUAUAUGAAAGUGGGAGGUUGAAGAGAUCAAGGAUGUUGAUAUUGUGUUCUCUUAUAGUGCCUACUGCGCUUCGUAAAUUCUCGGUUUUCUACUUUCUCCUGAAAGUCUGUUCUUAAGUUUUGGCUUGCAUUCUUGUUUACUUGCGUGGAAAUUCUAUACGUUGCAAAUGCCUCACAAAAUACCCGUCUAGUCGCGUUCUUGUAGUCAAGAUAAUAAUUUAAUCAAGCGCUAAUUCCUAAGAAUAAAUAGUCACAAAUAUUAAAAUAAGAGUUUUGGGGGAGAAGAAUCUACAGUCAUUUAUUGUGAAGGAAUUUUUAGGAAAAAACGUACUUAUCGACUUCUGAUGUAUUUUUUAAAAAUUAUUUUGAAGCCACUUGGAAACAAAACUAUAGAAAUACAGUUAAUUUGUUUUCGUACUAUAGAGAGUAAAUGUACUGCCCUCUUUUUUUUUAAGAAAAAAGUUAUGAAGAAGUAUACUGGUGCUUAUUGGUGCUGGAGGGAUUGUGAGGGUUUGACGAACACUGUCAUGCACUGAUGUGAUGCAUUAUAAUGCUAGUGCUCAUAAUAAAUGAUGAUGCUGAUGAUGAUGAUAAUGAUUAUAGGUCGAACAUGUGUGUGUGUGUGUGUGUGUGUACACAGUUGAGUUUACGGAGUAUAAUCUUAGCUUCUGGCCCCGCCUCCUUAACUACAGUAUAUUCGCCAACAUUGUUGAUCCUGGCCUCUUGGAUCGUUUCGUACUAAUUCGUGUGUACGGUGUCUGCCUCCACCACUUUCUUAUCUAGCCCACCAUACUUAUUUGCCAGCAUAGUUUGAACGGCUAUGACGUUGCUCCCGCUGUGAGGCUGGGUCGCAGGGCGUACCCUGGCCAGUCACGUACCCUGGCCAGUCACAUACCCUGGCCAGUCACGUACCCUGGCCAGUCACGUACCCUGGCCAGUCACGUACCCUCAGGCAGUCAGGACAUCACUUAAAGAUACGUAGCAUCACGGCUAGCGUAAUUGAAAUAUACUGAAGUAUUUACCACCCAAUAGUCGCUUCAAUUAACUUUUUUCUAACAUACCUGCGGUUUUUGUUUUAGCUUCCUUAUAUAGCCCCCUCACCCUUGUGCUUCGUAUUACAAUCAGUUCCUAACUGCUCUGUCAAAUUUUCUGAGUAACUUGUAGAACACAAUUAUGUCCUUCCAGUUACCGUUUUAAACCUCCAAUAGCAAAGACUGACACCUAACGCUGUUUCUCUAAUAUUAGCUACAUCUUUUAAUACUGGUAUCUUAGAAAGGGCAGACCCAAUAGAAAUACAAAUACCUACACCUCUUUUCCAUACGUAUUGGACUAAUCUUUUGAUAAACCUAUAGACCUCAAGUUUCCGAUUAUACUUGAGCAGGUGUGCAGGUGUACGCUGGCGCAGCGUACUCAUUAAUACAUUUGAUCUAUGUCGUGUACAGUAUUUUAUAAAAAUUCUUUUCUCCCUUUUAGCGAUAUUUGUAGUUUAUCACUCUCUCAAGCAUUCCGUCGACGGUCAUCUCUCUCACUCCUUACUUUACAUGACCUUGCACCAGUUUGAUCUGAACUCCAGUUCGGAUCUGAGUACUACAACUGUAGCUUGUCUUUUCCUUCUGUUCUUUAUAUUCUUAGUUAUACAUCAUCGACAAUGAUAAUUUAAGCUUAAUCACCUCUGGAAUGUAAUUCCCUUAUAUUAAAAAUAGUAACGGUCCUGGUACUGAUCCAUAGGGGAUCCUACUCGUUAGCCCUUAACAUCAUCUGUUUUUCGUUUGCUUGACAUUUGUUAAUC